CUGGGUCUGGGAGUGCUGGAGCACUGAGCACUGGUAGCAGCGUGCUCCCUCGUGCAAGUUUCCAGAGAGCUUUUCUUCUUGGCACUGACACAGCCAAGUCUCCUGCUCGACACAGAUGUUCCUCCAGCAGCUCUCAGUAACGCUGCUCCACGGAUACAAUGUCAUGCCCAGAGGUUCCUGGUCCACCUCAGCCUUCUAGGAGGACUCGCUACUGAUGAAAGCAAAUGCUCACAGAAGCAUGAGAUGCAGGGCUUUAUCUGAUAUUUUAUCUCAGCUAGAGUGGCUGCUGAACUGCCACUGCUUGGUAUAGUGGUGCUUUACACCACUGCAAAUUUCUUCAAAGCAAACUCUUGGUAAAAUCCUCUAAUUUCCCUCUGAUUGCAAACCGGUGUGAAGACUGGAAUGAUUUGCCUGUUGGAAGAAUGUUGACUCUCGAGUGGGAGUCGGAGGGACUACAAACAGUGGGUAUUGUUGUGAUUAUAUUUGCAUCUCUGAAGCUGCUUCAUUUGCUGGGACUGAUUGAUUUUUCAGAAGACACUGUAGAAGAUGAAAUGGAAAUGGCCACAGUACGACAUAGACCUGAAGCUCUUGAACUGCUGGAAGCACAGAGUAAAUUCACAAAGAAGGAACUUCAGAUCUUAUAUAGAGGUUUCAAGAAUGAAUGCCCCAGUGGUGUUGUCAAUGAAGAAACCUUCAAAGAGAUUUACUCUCAGUUCUUUCCACAGGGAGAUUCCACAACAUAUGCACAUUUUCUGUUUAAUGCAUUUGACACUGAUCACAAUGGAUCUGUAAGCUUUGAGGAUUUUGUUAUGGGUCUCUCAAUUUUACUCCGAGGGACAGUACAGGAGAAACUGAACUGGGCUUUCAACUUGUAUGAUAUAAAUAAGGAUGGAUAUAUAACUAAAGAGGAAAUGCUUGAUAUCAUGAAAGCAAUAUACGAUAUGAUGGGGAAAUGCACCUAUCCUGUUCUCAAAGAAGAUGCACCUCGACAACAUGUGGAAACAUUUUUCCAGAAAAUGGACAAGAACAAAGAUGGAGUAGUUACCAUAGACGAAUUCAUUGAGAGCUGCCAGAAAGAUGAGAAUAUAAUGCGAUCCAUGCAGCUCUUUGAAAAUGUGAUUUAAUGAAGACAUUAGGUCUACAACUAAUGGACAAAUAUGAGCUAUUCUGCAACAUUAUCUAAAAAAAUGGAUUUCCCACUUUAUCAUAAAUAAAGUUACUCAGCUUUACACUGAGAUAUGUAUUAUGCAAGUAAAUUUUUUAUUAUAUACCCUUCCCCAAAAAAAAAAAUCUUUCAAAAUUCUACAAUCUAGCACUUCCACAGUGGCUAUUUAGUUAACAGGACUGUACUGAAAAAUCAGGUCCUUACUACAAACUCCGACAAAAUACAACUGACAUUAUGCACCUUUAUUAUCAUUUCAACCCCUAGUUAAAAUAGAUACAGUCACACAGAGAUUAAAUAAAUAGUCUUAGUUUUGCUACUCAUUUUUACUGGACUAAGCUCCAGGUGUUAAAGCGUACUUCUUAAAUCUCUAGCUUCUAAUUUAUACAGAGGUAUUACAAUUUAUUUUCUUCUCAUAUUUCUAUAGUGUAGUCCUCAUUUUUGAAUAAUAUUUUGAGUUAAAAUGCUGUAAUAAAUGUGCGAUGCACACCUUGCUAUAAUUGCCUUCCAACUUUGACUUGUUUUUCUCUUCAGAAAAAAAAACCCCAAAACCCAAACAUAACUAAACAGGUAACUUGAGAGCAAGAACAGUUAUAAAACAAAACAAACAAGUUGAUUAUGGGUAUUCUUAUUCCCUAAAAAAUAUGACUAAGCUUCUCUCAAUCUCACCUAAUAAAUCUGCACUUAAUUUAUCAUGACAUGAAUACCAGAAGUCCUACAUACUGUGUUUUUAAUUCUUCUUGGAUGUGUAUGCGAAGUAUUUGCUGAAAAUUAAGGAUCUUCUGACUUCCAAUUUUUCAUGAAGAAAACUUAACUGGAUCCUAACACUGCUUUCCUAAGUAUGUGUUUUUCUGCCUUUAAUGAAGAAAAAGGCAUGAACUUUUGAAAACUGCCAUCCCACUUUAGUGCUGAGAAUGAACGUCACUACAUAGUAACCUCUACUAAUAAUGACUGCUAGAGGCUAACAUCUAUUUCAUCUUUUUGCAAUACCAUUAACUAUGGGACAGAACCUGGAAAACAAUGAAAACUUCAGCUAUAUAUCAUCUAUAUGUGAUAAAUGCGUUACAUUUUUUAAGAUCAUUUCUUCAUUAAGAUUGGAACUACUUAAUUCUGAACCUAGAAAGAUUCUUCUAAGAAAGUAUGCAUACAAAAUAUAACACUGACCCUCCAUCCAUAUAAUUUUUAAGAUAUAUUGUCCACAGAGUCUAUGCCAAUACUUCAAAAUAGGUGAAAUGCUAACAGAUAGGCCAACCUUCAUUGUGACAUUGCUGCAGAAAGUGUGAAAGGGGAUUAAUGAAGUAGAAAGAAGGUUUCAAGAAUAAUU